CGUACAGCUGACCUUGCUCGCUUCGCACGACACGGCGGCCCAGAUCUUCGUCAUCUUCGAGGGUACCCCGAACCCCAAGGCGCCCUACACACCAUGGGUCCGCCUAGUGGUGUUUCCACCAAGACGCCCAAGACGUCAGCGUACAAUGGUGCUUUCGAACAGCUCAUGAUUGACUACUGCAUCUAUCCUCCGUUUUAUACCUUCCCCGACAACCCGGAUGCCGAGACCCCGGAGCCAAACAAUCUGGAGGAGGAACGUGAGGUCCUUUCGAAAAGGAGGCCGUCCCUUGACUCAUCCCGCUUUACCAAGAAGGAGUUUCGCAUCUUCCAACGCAAGAACAAAGCUGCGAUUACUGAAGCUACCGUUGAGCGCACCGUGGUCCCAUUGAUUACCGGCACCUCGGACGACGACAUCCGCAAUUUGAGCAACCUCCUCUUCUCCGACCUUGAGCCGAUCGCUGGUGAAGAUGUCGUCACACCGAAGCCGGAUUUCUUCGACGGAGCUGACAUGGGAGCUAUCCAUCCAAAGAUCCGAAGUGCUAACGAGGACGGCAACCUGAGAAAGCUAAUCAUCCCCACAAACAACGUCGAUGCUCCGGUACUACCCAACUUCUUUAUGGAAUUAAAACGUCCUGAUGGUCACUCGCGCGUUGCGUGGCGACAAGCAAUGCACGUCGGGGCAGUCGGAGCCCGUGCUAUGCAUGCUUUAACGAAUUACGGUAAGGAGGAGCCGGUCUACGACGGCAAUAUGUAUACAUACAGUUCAACCUAUCACGACGGGAGACUCAACUUGUACGCGCACCACGUCGCGCCGCCGACCGCGCCAAGCGACCGGCCCAAAUACUAUAUGACUGCGGUUAAAAGUUUCGUAUUAGAAAGCGACAUGGACUCUUUUCGGCAAGGAGUUACGGCAUUCCGGAAUGCACGGGAUAGGGCGCGAUGGCACCGAGACAAUUUCAUUCGGGCGGCGAACGCAAAGGCAUGCCAGUCCGAC